UCUUUACAACCUCUCGUUUCUAAUCUCUUAAAACACAGUUCAUCCUCUCUUCAAACAAUGACCCUUCCGCCAUUAACAAAUUGGAAACAAUCUCUUGUUCCUCUAUUCCAGGCUGCAGUAUAAUGACUCUACUGAACUUAAGCUCUCCUUUACUCUCUUGCCCUCCUCACAUUCCUAAACUUGCUUUUAAUAAUAAAUCAAACUUCACUCUCUUAUCUCUCUUACUCUCCACUUCCUCUUCCUUCAAACCUUCACCCUUCCCCCCUUCUAGAUCCUUCUCCUCCAAAUCAAAAGCUUCACUAAGUGAGGACAAUGGCAGUUCCAUCCCAGUCCCUGACCUCCUUUUAUCUGCCAAUGAAGACUCCCUUGCCCGUCUCUCUUCUUCUAGAGACGCCGACGAAGCUUUACAAUUGAUAUCCGAAAUUUCGGGUAGACGUAGCGGUUUGGUUAGUAUUUCCGAUUCUUGCGCUAUUAUAACCGCUGCGCUUGAUCGCAAUAAUGCUGACCUCGCAUUAUCUAUUUUCUAUUCCAUGCGUUCCAGCUUCGAUCAAGGUGUUAGUGAAAAUGGAUGGAAGUGGUCAAGGCCGGAUGUGAGUGUUUACACUCUGUUAGUUCAAGGUCUUGCUUCUGCAUUAAAAGUUUCUGAUGCACUUAAGACUAUUGAUUAUAUUUGUCGAGUUGGAGUAUCUCCUGGUGAAGAGGUUCCUUUUGGUAAGGUUGUUAGAUGUCCAUCUUGUAAAAUAGCUGUUGCUGUUGCACAGCCCCAGCAUGGUAUUCAGAUUGCCUCUUGUUCCAAGUGCCGUUACAAGUAUGAGCUUGUUUCUGGGGACAUAACUACUAUAAACUCGGAGGAAAUCAGUAAGGAUCUUCCAGCAUGGGAAAGAGGGCUAAGAUUUCUGCAACUCAUGAAGAGAAGCAUUCCUACUGCCGUUCAUUCCAUUGUGGUGCAGACCCCAUCUGGUUCGGCCCGCACACAUAGGUUUGCUACUGAAACAGUUGAUCUUCCAGCUCAAGAAGGUGAAAGGGUGACCAUUGCUUCAGCAGCUCCAUCAAAUGUGUAUAGAAAUGUGGGCCCCUUUAAAUUUAGUCCAAAGGCUCCGAAUACAUAUCCAGGAGAACCUAUGUGCCUGACGAACCAUGAAAAUGGUCAGGAAUCACCAUUACUAAGAGCACCCGUAAAAGAUGGAAAUUUAUCCCUACUUAACCCCUCCGUCCUUAUUCCACUUCUUGCUGUUCUUGCCACUGGAGAUGCUGCAUCUGGAAUUAUUGAUCCCAGUUUGCCUCAGUUCCUUUCUGUUGCUGCUAUUGCAUCUCUUGGUGUAGGAGCGACUCUAAAUUCAUUGGUUUUGCCACAAUUGAAUCAGCUUCCUCAGAAGUCAGUGGACACAGUUGCAAUCAAGCAGCAGCUUUUAUCUCAAUAUGAUGUACUUCAGUCUCGUAUCAGGGACCUAAAAGUAGCUGCUGAGAAAGAGGUCUGGAUGUUGGCUCGGAUGUGCCAACUAGAGAACAAAAUUUUUGCUGUGGGAGAACCCUCUUAUCGUGCUCGGAGAACUAGAGUCAAAAGGGUUCGAGAAGGGUUAGAAAUUUCUCUUAAGGGAAGGAUUGAACUCAUUGACAGCUAUGCUAGAAUUUCUUCAAUGAUUGAGAUUGAGGUAGAAAUGGACUCUGAUGUUCUUGCUGCAGAAGCCGUGGGCAAUGCAGAAACGAUUGCUGAACAGAUCCAACAAAUCAUGGAGCUAGAGAAUCUUGAGGAGAGAUGGAAACUACAAGCUGAAGCAAAUGAUGAGGCUGAGAGACUUCUCAGUUCCCAAACUAUGCCUACGGAGCGGGUUUAGACAUGUUACAGGUUGUCUGUUUGAACUGAACAUCUUCCAGUCUGCAAUUUUUUCAGCGAUAAACCUCAUAAUUUGGUCUCAAGAUUCUGCUAUGGGAAAUCAUUUUUGCUGAUAAAACUGAAACGCGGGAAACAAAUCAUCAUUACCUGACUGUUUGUCUCAAGAGUUAAGAUAUUUUCAAUUGUGGAGAUGAAGUAUCAAUGCACUGGAGCAUAGGUGGUUGGUGGGAUGUGGUCGAGCUCAUAAUUGUUUCAGCAGCUCAUUUGAGCAUGGGCGGUACACAGGUACUCUUAUGUAUAGAUAAUACUACUAUAUCUCUCACAAUAGAAAUCAUGAAAUUCAUCACCUCACUUUGCUUGCGAGGUAGAAUUAUUUGUACAAAUUUAAUCUCUCCCGUUCCGGAGUUACUGUACAUAGGAAACUGUGAUUUCUGCAUAAAGAAGUGAAAAUCCAGUCAAUUCACGUAUGAAA